GAGUCAGCAAUGGCUUCUUCGUUCUGUAAAUCAGUGCUAAGGGUAAGCUCAAGGUCUUUCGGUAAUCGUUCUAGUAGCUUAAUCCAAAAACACCAAAAUGCUGCAUCUCUACCGGCUAUGUUCUCUUCGCGUUCGUCUACGAUCAUCCCUCACACUUCAAGGAUUUUGUCUGUACUUGGAAGUUUUGAGUCUAUGAUGCCUCUUCAUACCGCCAUUGCUGAUGCUAGGCUCACUUCCAGCAUCGCCUCCGAUUCUACCUGCUGGAGCUGGCUUUCUCGAGGACUUGAAAAAACAUUGUGACAAGCCUGCCGGAUUCAUUCAAAAUGAAAGAUAAAAUGAGAGAAAAAUGUCGUUUAUUUCUCUGCCUCGCUUUGAGGUAAACAGAGUUUCUAAUGGUGAAAUUUUGGUCAUUAUAUGGUGGAUCACCUAUAGUAGACUUACACAGUUGAAUUUCUUUAUUUGGAUGAGAAUUGGUGAUUGACUUGCUGCUGAUUACGUUUUCUCUUUGAAGUUCUCUCUCUCGUUUUCAAACGACAACACUUCCACUCACUGUUUCCUGCAAUGUUGCGGAGUGGCCUAACUAUUGGAUUUAUGGUUUUCCUUUAGGGACGUUGAACUGGUGCUUCGAGGUUUCUAGUUGUUUCAACGUUUUAGAUAGAUGCUGCUAAAAUGAUCAUCUGAUUCUUGGCUUGGUUGUGAGUAAAGUUUUCCUCCAAACAAGUCAAGGAACUACCGUAUUGACUCUGCUUAGUGUAGGAUCCUAAACAAUUCGACUACAAUGUGAAUAGGAAACUCGAUCAAAUAAUGAAGAAUUGAUGAUACUUGAUGACA